AUGGAGCUCGCGAAGCGUGUGUUGCAUGUCGAGAAACCGUCCGACCCAGCUGGAGCGAUUAUUGAAGCAUGGGCACAAGGCUACAUGGUCGGCUCGCUGAUCAUCAUGGCCUGUGUCGCAUUCGCGAACAUGCGCCGUGGUGUACUUUUGCAUAAGCUGAUUCUGAUCGAGCUUGUGUUUGGAAUGUUUCACGGGACUUUCAUCUUUACGAAUGCGCCAGUGUAUAACUGGUAUCUUAGCGUCACGGCAAUCUUUUUGAACACGAGCUGGAGUUUACAUAAUGUCAUUGCAUGGAUCAAGAACAAACCACUACUACCACGAUGGGCUAGCAUUUUCUACAUCACUACUGUCAUAUUAGUACAGCCAUAUUGGAUACUGGAAAUCGUUGCCAACUUCCUCUAUUUCAGCAACACCAGUAAUCUGUUCGUGUACACCAGGCCGUACGAAGCCCUCUUUCGAGACCCUUGGUGGAUCUUCACCAUCGCGAACCUACUAUGGAACAUCAAGACUCGAUAUGAUUUCGGCUUUCUCGAGCUCAUGCGUGUCUCACCUCGCUUCGGCAUUUUAUUCGGCGCCAUGAUGCUCAGCAUCUGCUUCAUCUUGGUCGAUAUUCUGGCUGUCACGCACGUCAUAUCUGGGUCCGGUCUACCAGACGGCAUCAACCCCUUCUGGAAACCGGCAUUCGUCUUUAAGUGCUUGACCGACACCAUCAUCCUCGACGACUUCAAGACUGCUUUGGAUCGCUUGAAGCAGCAUAGGUUAGCUAGACUUGGCAGUCUAGCGAGCGACAAUAUCCGAGGUCAGUUUGACAAGCAAGGCAAGGAGAAGAAAGAAGAUGUUGCGGAUGGUAAUACUUUCUUGACUGGAUUUCCGAUGGUAGUUACGAAGACGAAUUCGAAGAAGACCUUUGAUCCGGAUAACAUGGAUCUUGAGGCAGCGUUACAUAUGGACGAUUUCGAACCUGGCGUCUCUCCAACUCGGUCUGGUAGGGGCUGA